AUGGUUGAGAGAACGAAUCGUGUGGUGAAGGAUGCUUUAUAUUCUCUCAUAGAACACAAACCUGAAUCCUGGCCCUCUUUCCUACCACAGGUACGCCUCGCUAUUAAUAGUGCCAUCCACCGCAGCACAGGUGAGCAACCAUUAUACCUCCUAACUGGCCGCCAUGGCCACUUCCCGGUUGGUAUUACAAAUGACACUGUGUUUGACACCGAGGCAGAUAUCGCUGAACGACUGCGUGUAGCACGUCAGUGUGCCGUAGAGGCGACGCGGCGCGCAAGAGAAAAUUUGGCACGCACAUACAAUCCCAAGGUAAGCCCAAGCAAGUUCAAGCCGGAAGUGGGGACGCUUGUUUUACGACGGAUCCGAGGGAUUCGUGGACGUGGUCUGGCCGCGAAAUGGGAUGGCCCCUACCGUAUUACCCGCAAGAUUAACCCUGUAACUUUUCUGCUGUGUGUUCCUGGAGCCGAUUCACCACGUUAUAAAGCUCACAUCAACCAGAUAAAACCAUACUACCCAUCUAGUGAGCUAGAGUUUGCCGAUCUCCCCCAGUGA